GUGGUUAUCGUGUAUUGAUUUUGAGGAAAGUUGAUAUUGCAUGUCUUUCAUAUAUGACAAACAUAAUGCAUAUAAAUGAAACAUAUUAAAUCUAUUUAGGAUCAGGUAACGCGAAAGGAAAACGUGGUUGUAAACUGUCCACACAAGGUCAUACUCAUAGUUUCACACGAAUUUCGUCAACGGUAAGUCUCAUAAGAAGCAGAGCGAGUCCUUGGUUACCUGGGGGAUUUGGGAGAAAACAUUGUUAUGGAUUCAUAACAACUGGGUUUCACUGAUCGUCCUCCUUUUUUCAAAUUUUGGCGGUUUCUUUGCUGGAACAGGGCGUAGGACAGAGGAAGAGAACAACAAGAUGGAGACAUUAACAGUCUUGCACUUAACCAAUCAUGGGUGUCCCGGAAAAAUAUCAACAUUCUAGCAAAGACAAGGUUUCAAGUUUGUCUCUGAAAAUGGAUGAGCUGAUUGGCAUGCUCGGCAGCCCAGGCCGAUACCAAGUCAUUAUCUUCAUUCUUCUGUGUCUCAACUACUGUCCGCUAGUUUUCAAUCACGUUAUAAUGGCCUUCUUCGGGGCUAAAACCGCCCACUCGUGUGACCCGCUGCACGGAAGCGAUGUCUACGUACAAGGAGGCCAGAACGUGACUGUUGUUGGGAGGACCGCUGGGCAGUGUAGGACCACUCUCAGGCUGGAGAACAACGACAACAUCACCCUGACAUGUGGUGCGGGAGACUGGACCUACAUGGUGGAGGAGCGGGAGACCAACAUUGUCACAGAGUGGGACCUUGUAUGUGAUGACAGCUACCUGCGACCACUUGCAACAACAAUUUACUUCUGCGGCGUGAUGCUUGGUGGGCUGUUAUUCGGAUACCUCUCUGACAAGUUCGGUCGACGUCCUGUCAUGCUUGGUACACUGUUUGCACCAGUGGUUCUUGGCAUUGGCAUCUUCUUCGUGCCGUCCUACACCUGGUUUGUGGUGCUCAGGUUCAUUGAAGGCAUAUUUUUACAGGGUCUCCAGAUAUCCAGCUAUGUGUUAGUAGCUGAGAUGUUUCUACCAGCCUAUCGUCCAAUAGCUGGUGGCAUCAUUGAGUGUUUUUGGGGUGCAAGCGUCAUGGCCCUUGCAGUCAUUACCUUUCUUAUCCGAGACUGGCGAUACGUACAGCUUGCAAUUUGUUUGCCAAGUCUGCUGGCUGCAUUCUACAUAUGUAUAAUGCCUGAGUCUCUACGCUGGAUGGUGAUGUAUGGGAAGCUGGAUGGAGCUGAGAAGCUGGUGGAGAAAAUGGCCAAGUUCAACAAGAAGGAAUUCCCACGAGAAAGCUGGAUGUCUGUGAGGGCUAUUGCAGAGGGCAGACAAGAGACUCUCAGACAGAAAUAUGCAUUCCUUACUCUCCUGAAAACUCCACGACUGAGAAAAAGAAGUUUAAUUCUUUUCUAUCAAUGGCUGGCUGUCUCUGUCGGCUACUAUGGACUGACCUUACGGAUCACUUCUCUGAAGGGCAACAAGUACAUCAUCUUCCUCAUCGGAGCCAGUGUUGAGAUGGCCGCCUACCUCCUUGACAUCAUCAUCAUGAAGUAUGCUAAGCGUCGAUAUUCCGUUGUGACCUUUGCCUUGCUUGCUGCUGUGACCUGCAUUGUUGCUGGUGCCCUUCCCUCCGGUAAAACAGCUUCAGAGUUACAUCUCACUCUGUCCACCGGGUUUGCCAUCGUCGGCAGGUUUGCAGUGGCAGCGCUGUUCAGUUUGUACUUCCUGUACACAUCGGAGCUGUAUCCCACUGUUAUCAGAAAUAUUGGAAUGGGAACCUGUGCCUUCUGGACCCGAGUUGGGGGCGUCAUUGCCCCACAAAUAAACAGCCUCGGUCACUACACCUCUGAGUCUGUGCCAGUGAUUGUGUUCGGUGUGAUGAUGCUAAUCUCAGGCAUCUUGGCCAUAAUGUUGCCUGAAACCCACCUUCAACAGCUGCCAGACACCAUUGACGACAUUGAGGGAGAGAAGCUGCAUUCUGCAGAACUUACUGAGACGGUGAAUGAGAAGGAACUGCUGAAACAAGGCACCCAGGAGAAAGAUGGUGCUGUCUCAACUAGAUUAUAGUCCUUAUCAUAUACUUCAAUGUGAAAGAAUUGAGUUUUCUGAAUUUGAGGAAAGUGAUAUUUUCAAAUAACACUUGAUAUUUCACUGCUGUGAACAUAACACUUAAUAUUUCACUGCAGUGGACAUAUCACUUUAAUGGAACUAUUGUCAUGCAAGAGCUACCUCCCCACAAAUUGUCUCCCAUUAUCUUAAGUGUCUUGCCCGUACACAAACUGUUGACGUUCCAAUUUGGCAUACAUCGCUUCCUGACGUUUGUUUUUCUCUUGAAAAUGUUUUGUUGUAAACUGUAAAUUUCGCAUUUAACUCGUCAUUUUGCAAAGCGCCAUUUUUGUAACUUGAACAGCGUGUAUUCCUUUGCUUCCAACAGCGGUCUCCUAGUUUUCAAGAAUAGUUUUUAAAUUGAUUUUGUAUAUAAGAGUUUUAGUGACCUAUAAUAAUUCUUCAUAACUUUUAUAUAUUUAAGAUUUUGCAAACUCAGAACUACUUUUAAAGUAUAAAGGGGAAAACAGAUAUCUUUUUACUCGUGCCUAUGCCACUCAUGAAAGUAUGUCCUCUUUCCCCCCGUCACACGAUAGGAGAAACAUGAUAUUUCACAUGACACAUGAAAUAUCCUCUAUAUUUUUAGGGGAAAGGGAACUUGUUUGAUUAAGGGAGAACCUCAGGAGAGAGAUGUACAUUCUCCACUUCAAUAUAGUACAUCUUGUAGUGGAUGGGAACUUGUUAGAUUAACAGAGAACAUCAGAAGAGAAAUGGUGGCCUCUCCACCAGAUUAUGCUUCAUCUUGUAGGGGAAGGGAACUUGUUAGAUUAACAGAGAACAUCAAAAGAGAAAUGGUGGCCUAUCCCCCAGACUAUCCUUCAUCUUGUAGUGGAUGGGAACUUGUUAGAUUAACAGAGAACAUCAAAAGAGAAAUGGUGGCCUCUCCACCAGACUAUCCUUCAUCUUGUAGUGGAUGGGAACUUGUUAGAUUAACAGAGAACAUCAAAAGAGAAAUGGUGGCCUAACCCCCAGACUAUCCUUCAUCUUGUGGAGGAAGGGAACUUGUUAGAUUUACAAAGAACAUCAAAAGAGAAAUGGUGGCCUCUCCACCAGAUUAUGCUUCAUCUUGUAGUGGAUGGGAACUUGUUAGAUUAACAGAAAACAUCAAAAGAGAAAUGGUGGCCUCUCCACCAGAUUAUGCUUCAUCUUGUAGUGGAUGGGAACUUGUUAGAUUAACAGAGAACAUCAGAAGAGAAAUGGUGGCCUCUCCACCAGAUUAUGCUUCAUCUUGUAGGGGAAGGGAACUUGUUAGAUUAACAGAGAACAUCAAAAGAGAAAUGGUGGCCUAUCCCCCAGACUAUCCUUCAUCUUGUAGUGGAUGGGAACUUGUUAGAUUAACAGAGAACAUCAAAAGAGAAAUGGUGGCCUCUCCACCAGACUAUCCUUCAUCUUGUAGUGGAUGGGAACUUGGCAGAUUAACAGAGAACAUCAAAAGAGAAAUGGUGGCCUAUCCCCCAGACUAUCCUUCAUCUUGUGGAGGAAGGGAACUUGUUAGAUUUACAAAGAACAUCAAAAGAGAAAUGGUGGCCUCUCCACCAGAUUAUGCUUCAUCUUGUAGUGGAUGGGAACUUGUUAGAUUAACAGAAAA